AUGUCGUUGGAACGUUACCCCUUAGACCUACCACAAGGAUGCGGUUUACCGCCCAUUUCCCGCUCCUCCUCCUCCUCCUCCUCCUCUUCAGCUGCCUUUCGUCUCUUGCCACCCGCGUUGCCCCACAAGUCUGGAAGAACACUUCGUCGGAAAAUCAGCAUCCGGGCGAUGAAAUUGGGCGACCUGAUCAGGCCGUGGAUCAUGAGAACUGCGAAGUAGGUGGAGAUGAAGAGUGCUUGAUGAGGAGGACUCUUGCUGCUGUUCACAGUGAUUACAUCUAUACCCACCCAGGCCCGCCCUAAGAUUUUGGGGUCCUACGGGAAGUUAUAUAUGGCAAUCUAAAGCCAACAAAAUUGCUUUUGCUUCUGCUCUCCAUUACAUCUGGACAGCGAGAAACCAUCAUCCUUUUUAAGAUCAAAACCCUUAGGUUAAAGCACAUGUAUAUAGGGUGAUUUUCUCGUUGUAUCUUAAUAUUUUAUCCUAUUAUGGGCCCUUAGCUGUAGGGUAUUAGAUUUGGCUUGUGUUCUUUUGAUCUGGGUUUAUUAGAUUUGGCUUGUGUUCUUUUGAUCUGGGUUUAUUAGAUUUGGCUUGCGUUCUUUUG